AUGUUCUCGUCUAAUACGUCAUCGUCCCUUACCGGAGGAGGUAGCCUCUUUGGUUCCUCCGGAGGAGGUGGGGGACUUUUCGGUGGGGCGGGGACCCAGCAGCAGCAAGGCGGCAGUCUUUUCGGAGGCACAGGCGGUUUCAUGUCGCAGCCGCAGCAACAGACUCAAGGUCGUUUGUUUGGGAAUGCUGGGACGACGGGAAUGUCUCUCUUUGGGCAGCAGCAGACAACUCAGCCUCAGUCGGGGGGUCUGUUUGGGUCUUCGACAACGACAAACAGCGGUUUGUUCGGCAGCGCACCGCAGCAGCAGACAGGCGGUCUCUUUGGCAGCUCUGGCCUCUCACAACCUCAGCAGACGCCGUCCGGGGGUGGACUCUUUGGGAGUACGAACACCUCGACGCUUGGGUCAUCUAUAACUGGAGGUGGUUUGUUUGGUCAGCAGCCUCAACAGACUGGUGGUCUCUUUGGCUCUUCGACGGGGACUGGAACGGGUGCAGCCGCGACGGGGACUGGUGCCUUGGGCCAACAGCAGUCGGGGAGUCUCUUCGGCAGCAGCGGUUUCGGAACCAACACUGGGGGUUUCGGCACCAGCACUUUGGGCACUGCAGGACAGCAAACGUCGGGGGGCCUUUUUGGAAGCCAGCCGCAAGGGGGUGGUCUGUUUGGCAGCAACACGAGUUCAUUUGGUGCGGCGGGAACUUCGGGGACGAGCGCAUUUGGAACGUCGACUUUUGGAGGUGGUGCCGCGACGGGUUCCGUUCUUGGUGCGGGAUCGCUGCAGCAGCAACAGCCGUUCCAGCCCCACAAGACCGAGGAAGGGCUUCUGAUGAGCAUUUGCUUCGGCAAUCUGGCGGAGGUUUCUCAAGACGAAGAGCGAUGGAGGUUCUACCAGCAGCGCGGGGGCGGCGCCAUGGGAGCGUCGAACACCCCCGGUACGGGCCUGUUUGGCCAGCAGACAACCCAGCAGCCAUCGGGCGGCCUCUUUGGAAAUUCAACUGGGACCACCACUAGUGGAGGACUCUUCGGCAGCACUCCGGCGUCGACCACGGGCACUGGACUUUUGGGUUCGACCCCCCAAACUAAUCAGCAGCAGAGUGGCGGCCUAUUUGGCACGUCUACGACGGGCGGCUUUGGCGGCGGGCUAUUUGGGUCCUCGGCGACAACGCAGCCUAGCGGUCAGCAGCAGACCGGCGGCCUUUUCGGAAACACUGGGGGGUCUACGACAACGCCGGGAGGCGGCCUUUUUGGAAGUAGCACCUUGGGGAACACGACGGGAACCGGUCUCUUUGGGUCGACGACAACACCGCAGCAAACGCAAAGUGGGGGACUUUUUGGACAGCAACAACAGACGGCAGGAAGCGGCGGGCUCUUCGGCUCCAGUUCUCUAACCGGAGCCACAAACACAGGCGGGGGGCUGUUUGGGUCGUCUACGACGCCUUCCACUGGCUUAUUUGGCUCGACGACGCAGCAGUGUCAGCCGGGCGCAACGACAACGCAGACAGGAGGGGGGCUUUUCGGUUCGACAACGACGUCUGCAACCACGACGGGCCAGGCGACGACGGGGACGGGCCUUUUUGGGGGACUUUCCUCAGGCACCGGCGCCACCCAAGGUGGAGGCCUUUUUGGGUCCGGAGGCACAGCGACCACGGGCGCCACAGGCGGCGGUCUGUUUGGCAACGCGCAGCAGCAGUCGAAUCUGUCAGGGGGUGGACUGUUUGGAAGUUCUGGCGGGCUGAAGCUGGGAACCACUACGACACCUGGAACGACACCUGGGGCAACCGGAACUACAGGCGGGCUUUUUGGAAACACCACCACCACAGGAGCGUCUGGCGGCACUAGUCUCUUUGGAAGCUCCUUAGGGACCUCCGGAGGCGGCCUUUUUGGAAGCUCGGCGGCGAAGCCUGGGGAGACAGGGGGCCUCUUCGGAAGCAGCGGAACGUCAGGAACCUCCGGGUCGCUCUUUGGUAACACGACAGGAACCGCGGGCACAGGCACCGGGCUGUUGGGCGCGGCGCCGGCGAGUUCGGGAACCGGCACUAGUGGCGGAGGCCUCUUCGGCUCUUCGACUACGGGCUCCGGAACGGGCCUUUUUGGAGGCAGUGGCAUCUUCGGCAGUGCGCAGACUAUCCAGCAACAGAACUCAGCGGCAGGAGGUCUGUUUGGGUCGACUUCUGCUGGCGGGGGAGUGGGAGGCGGCUCAACCUUAGGUUCAGGCCAGGCAAAUCAGACAAGCCUGUUUGGAGCCAUAGGCUCUCUGUCUGGUUGUGGAGCACAGGGAGCCCCCGCUAGCGCUGCUGCCGCCGACGCCUAUGGUUUAGCGUCGCUUCUUGGAGGGCACGUCGAGGUCAAGUUGACUCUCUCCGCCCGCCCCUCGGAAUCGUCUGCCCAAGAAAGCGCUCAGAUCUUCCCGCCGCGAAUGCAGUUGCUCGACCCCUGCGGGGGCACUGCCUUGGGAGACACCGGCCUCCUGGGAUCUGUGGGGUCCAGUGUGUGGCGAUCGGGUGCGCCGGCUCGCCUGUGCCGAGGGCGCCGCUUCCGGCCCCUGGGGCCCAUGGAAGGAGGGUUGAGCGGGAGCUAUUUGUCGAGUGGAGCGUCCAACGCGUCUUUUGCACUUCCCGAGGUCUACAUCCAAAAGGCCUUCGGGACCAGUCGCACAGCGUCCCCUCUUGAAGACGAGUCAAAGGGCGGGCAAGCCAAUGCGCUGCGCCUGCUCCCCGACGGAAAGGCUUUUUCCGCGGCUCCAUGGGCCUCAACGACCCUCGAACGCUCUGCAGUCGAGGCUUUGCUCAUGCAGCGCCGCAGGAAACCCGGCAGGCUCACUCCGGACCAAGUGAGUCCGUGGUCGUCGACGGCUCUGCAGUUCAUGCGUUCCAACCCGUUCUACAGGGAGCAGCUGGCGGAAGUGCAGGCGAGCAAAGACACGAUGGAAAACAAAGACCGUGACACCCUGCCUCCCACUUCACAAUCCGCGCCCGCUGCGGCAGGUGUAAAGGAGACGACACUGGCAUCUGAAGAGGUGUCGGCUCCAGCGUCUGUUUCUUGUCCCGCCGUGCCGGGCGUGUUGCCUGCUUCUGCGGCAGUCCCCGAUGAGAAGCGUGGCUGGACCGCGAACGUCGAGGUUUCACCAAGCGCGAAGAAGCUCGCGGGUUUGGGAAUCUCGCCCAUUGAAACAUUCUCGCUGGCGACGCCUGCGGGCUCUCCCGGGACUUCGCCUAACGGCUCGCGAACGGGGCCUGCAGAGGAGUGCACCCGGUGGCACGGCGCGCCUCCUGCGAGCGGAUCGGUCGCGGCUGGGCUUGAGUCUGUGGCGGCCUGCCUGCCUGCUCCUGAGGACUUGCGCCCCGUCCUCACCCGACCCGACUACGAGACUGUGCCAUCUAUCGAAGUGUUGACUGGAAUGACAGAGCAGAGGCUGUCCCGCGUCCAAGACUUCUCCAUCACCCGGCGGGGCUACGGGAGCAUUCGGUGGCCGGGCUAUACGGACUUGCGGGGUAUCAAUUUGGACGAAGCCGUGAAGAUCGAGAAGCUCGAGGUCACCGUGUACGGCAACGAGGCGCCGCCUUGCGGAGUCGGACUCAACAAGAGAGCAGUCAUUACUCUGAAGAACUGCAAGCCGCGAAGUGUCAAGUACCUCGACACCUUGACCAUUCAGCGGCCUGAAGAUGAGGCGUACGUCCAGGACAAACAGUGCCAGUAUGUGACGAAAGUCCGGCGGUACACGGAACGUAUGGGUGCCAAGUUCGUCGACUUGAAUCUCGCCACGGGUGAGUGGACGUUUGAGGUUGAACACUUCAGCACCUAUCGUUUUCUCGAUGAAGACGAUGAAAACGACGAAGAACUCGAGACUCAACUCCGACAAAAGGCACUCUUGCCCUCCACGUCCGCCCACCAGCCGACACUCGAGUCUCCCGUGAAGGUUCUCCCCGCACACGCAGACUCCUUUCCCGCCUCUCCGGAGAACCGAACCCGCGAUUUUGGAGAAGCCCCAGAGCGGAUCACUCAUCUUUUUCCUGAAAGACCUGCGAACGGCUACUCCAGCGAACGCAGCUCGUUCCUUGGUGUCCAAAAGCAGGUGCUUAAGGCCGGCUUUGCCGAAGCAGACAGAGAGACACCCGCAUACCUCGGUGGAGGGGUCGCGGAGAACUUGGUCAACCCCGAAUUUCUGAAGAAUGUUUCCCUAGCGGAGUCCGUCAACAGACAUUGCCAGCAGCGAUGGCGUCCACUGUAUGUGUCGGGAGAGGCCCCUUCUAGAGGACUCAAAAGGGUUUCUUACAACUCAGGCAAAACCGUUGAGGCGGUGCACGACCUAAAGGAGAAGGCGUUGCCUGGCGGCGAGCGCUGGGAGGCCACAGGCGUUUCCGGAGGCAGAAUGGUGUGGGAGCCUCAGGUGAACGGGGUCGAGGCAUCCCAUCGAGGGGUACAACGUUUCCAAGAUGAGAAGACAGAAGACAAAGGCGUUCAAGACACUGAGAGAAGGGACGGAGGCGCAGCGGCAUCUUUGAGGCUUGAAGACGGCACUGGGGGAAGUGUGCGUGCAGUCCCCCCAGGAAGGCCCUGCGAAGACACGCGUUCUAGUAGUGCUUCCUUUCCUCACCUUCAACAGCGACGACACUGCCCAUAUCCAGUUCGGUGUGCUCCGGUGAUUUCUCGGGACGGUCUCAUGGCUCUUCCCCUUCUUUCGCUCCCCGUGUCUCUUGAAGGCAUUACGACUGCGUCUCUUCCUGGCUCCCUAGUGCAGCUCGCACACCUGUCGCCUCUGCUCCGAGAGGAAGAAAUGCCGGUUCAAAACGGAGGCAUCUCUUCCAGUGUGGGGUCUCUUGAGGGCGGCUCUGUUGGCCUUGAGGCGCCAGUUCAACCGUCGCCGAUGUGGACCGUUGGAGAGGUUCCCGACGAAUCCGUGGUGUCAAGAGAAGAAGAAGAGAAACAGGCCCUUUCUAUGGCUGCUCAGAGGUACGUGCAACCUCUUCGUGAGGCCAAAGGGGCGCCGUCGCUGACAGCUGCGAGUUUGCCUCUGGCAGACGUGUCUCCGGCCCUGGUCGCCGCCUCUCGCUUGCGUCCUUUCCAGGCCGACCUCGCCACCAGUGGAGCCCCCUACACCAACCAGAGCCCGACUGAGCAGCUGAGUCUCGUCCGAGACGGCUGCCGGGUGCGGCGGACGCUGGGUGCGUCUGCGAUGCCUCUGGUGUUGUCUGCGUUCCUCGAGGAAGUCGUAAAGGAGAACGGAGAGAGCGAACUUCAGUCACGUGAGGAAGACAGCCAGCAGAGCGAGUCUAGCGCACGCGCUGAUGCCACUCAAGAGUUCCUUCCUACUCUUACCCCGGCCCCGGAGGUGGCGGAGAUGGGGAAGGAGGGACGGCGAGGGAGGAGAUCAAAGGGAGAAGCUGGCUCUUCGGGAGAUUCAAAUAGGCGCCGGUUUCGAAGCCAGCAAUCCGAAUGGUGGCUUCUGACGGAGUUGUGUCGCCAGGAGUCUCAUGCUCUGGAAAAGAGCAGACGGAGCAAAAGCGUCAAAACUCUGAACGCGUUUCCGAGUUCAGGCCUCGUCCAGCGCCUUCUCCUUCGUCUUCUCGCUUUCUUCGAGCAACAAACGCGCGUUUACUCUGGGUGCAUGCCUCCAACUUCGAGUGUUUCUGUCGGUAACUCAAAAUGCUCUCUGCCGCUUUCUUCCCAGCCCUUUCUCCAAAGUGCGCCAGUUUCCAGCGCUCAUCCCCCAGACGUCCCCGAGGCCUCCUACCUCGCGCCUUACAUGCUUCAGACGUGGCAGCUCCUGGUGGCAUUGAUGCUGUCGAGUCCUGAGCAGGAGGAGUCGGUUUUCACGGCCCCGUCCGGUCUCUUCUCGCAGAGAGAUAUCUCGCCCGAAGCGAUCCUGGAGAGUCAGCGACAGUCGCGCCUGUUGGAGUGGCUUCUCAGGGAGUCAGGGAGGGAAGUCACUGCUCUCUUGCAACGUGCGGCCGCGCUUCGCGCGUCACCUCCUUUCUCGACUUCGGAGGGCUUGAGCCUCGACAGGGGCGAAAGUCUCUGCGGGGCGACAGAACUGUGCAGACAGAGGGGAGCCGCCCAGAAUCCAGCAAUCACCAGAUUGGGCGCGAACGCUUUGUUUCGCUUAGCUGGGACGGCAGGCCAACGCGCUCUACAGAUCGCCAUGGCAGCCGACCACGAUGAAGAAAGGAAGCUCCUUGCCGUUUUCCACCUGGCGGCAGCUGGACAGCUUUACGACGCUGUCGAGCUGCUCUUGAACAGCCGCCCUGGAGAGCCGUACUACCCACACUUGGCGCUGUGUCUCGCUGCCCACGUUCAGCAGCAGGUUGGCCGUGAGUUUCUCUACUACAACCUUUUUCGGGCAACGGCGCCUUCGUUCUUGACGCCUCCACCUGGGAUCGCUCGGCUGUAUCGGCUGUUGACUCCAUGCUCGACUCGCGCGUCUCCGUCGCCUGGCUCGGCCAGUGUGAAAGCGAAAGAAGGCGAAAAACGGAAGCGCAGCAUCUCGCCGGGCGUUGUGGAGCCUGCGGAGGCUUCACGCUGUGCUUCGCCGAGCAAAAGGCAUGCGGGGGCGACGGACAGGAAUAGCGGGGCGAAACACGAAUCAACGCACGCAUUGUCCUUGCAUGCAAGUUGGAAGAGUGGAGAAACCACGGAGGCCAACUCCGUUUCUGGAAUGGGCCUGGAACACUUUGUCAGCUGGCGCCAUCAGCUAACUGCGAGCCUCGUCUUCAGCUCAGCGAGCCCGCUGGAAGACCCGAGAGUCCUGUCGACAGGCGCCGUAGUGUCUAGCGGAGGCAACGCAGAGAAGAAAGUGGACUCGGUAGACGAGGGAGAAAAGGCAGCUGCAUGCACGCAGGAGGACACGGUGACGCAAACGAAGGGAGAAGGGAGCGCGGCCGAUGUCGACAUGUUUCAGAGAAUUCGCACGGAACUCGCUCCUCCGCCGCAGGCCGCUGAUGCGCCCAGGGAACUGCGACGCGCUCUUCUGCAGUUCGAGCAUCGUCUUCGUUUCCGAGACAAUGGAGACGCUUCCCAGUCCGGAGUCGAGUUCGCAGUUCCGGCAUCACCGGCGCCGCUAUACCGUCAGCAGGACGAGGACGGAGAGACGCAAAAGGAUCGCAUGCACGACGGGUUGCAAGGGGCGACAUCCAAUAUUUUUGACCUCCAGUACGGUCUUCUGCGCAUGCACGCGGGCCUGGCGCAGCCUUCUCUCUCGAUCUUUGACCCGUCUUCCCACACGCCGUAUGGCCUCGAUUUCUUCUUUGCGUGGACCGCUGGAGUCGUCACACUGCUGCACCGGGGCAGUGCAAGAGCGAGGGUGAGGCUGCUGAAGCAAACUGAGUCUGAAGGCACCGAAGCCGCAGAGGCCAUAGACGCAGAAGAUGGUCUGGAGCAAGAAGAAGCUCGCCAGCUUCACCGGCUUACAGUCGCCUUCGCAGCCGAGUUGGAAUGUUUGCCCGGAUGCUGGCCUUGGGCGUGCGCCGCUCUGUUGUUCACGCCAUUUUGCGGUCGAGCCCUCCAGGGCAUGCGCGCGCUGAUUGGUCGGCAUGCGGCGGAGUUCACGUGCACGGGCGUCGGCCCUCGGCAGAGUGGAAAGGAAUCCCAGGGACUGCAGGCGUUUCCUGAGAAGGCGGCCUUUGAAGAAAGGCGUCGAGAAAUUCUUCGCGUCCUUCUCGAAGAAGUCGGGGUCGCUCAGUGGUGGCUCGACGAGGCUGACGGUCUCUAUGCACUGAGUCAACGGAAAUUCAUGCAGGCGGCCUUUUUGUUCUACUGGGCGUAUCUUCGCCUUCGUCUCCCUCUGGUCCGGGGCUUUCUGGGGUCUCCGGUUGCGGCGCCUCUCCGCGAGGAGCUGCUAAAUCUUUGGAGCCCAACUGGCGCGAUGGAGAGACACCUCCUGCGCCACGCAGGCCGGGCUCUUCUCCAGUGUCUCCCCGGGUUUCUCCUGGCUGUUCUUCUGCAACAAAUACAACAUGUUGAGAAGGAGACUCGCGUCUCGCGCAUGCGGAGAGCUUUGGAAAAGUGCGAACGCCUAACCGGGUCCGUUACGUCCGGCACAACCCGUGCGCUCUCCGAUGAGUUGAGGGCCUAUGAGAGACAGGAACGGAGAGAAGAACCGACAGAAGUGUGUGAUGAAAUGGGCUCGAUGCCUGCCGUCCUCAUUUUGUCGACAGAGGCGAAGAUGCGUCUGCUGUUGCAAAUCCUGGAAGCUAUCAGAGUGAAGCUCGCCGGCGGCCUGCCGGAUCUCAGUCAAGAUGCGAACGGAACAAACGGUUCCAGAAAAGGCGUGGAGAAGGACAUUCUUGCCAGCUGUGUUGUUGGAGGAGAAUGCCGAUCGGCGAAGUUCCCAGUGGACCUGGCCCGUCUCGCCUGUAUGGAAAAGGCACUUCGGUGGCUGCUGAAGAAACAGAUGAGAAAACAGAAGCAGCACAACCGCACUGAGCAACGUACAUCUCCCGGAAGCGCGCGAGUGCCAUCGUCCGAUGCGAAGCUGUCGGGCGCGACAGCGAAGAGCAGCCUGGAAGAGGACGGAGACCGGGUUGAUGCAGACUUCUCGGCCGCCCUCCUCAGGGAAGUGGAGAAACAGACAAAGCACGUGGAGGCGAUGAGCGAUGCGAACAGGGGCUUUUUCCCCACUGACAUCUCCCCCGACGAGCCUGCAUUCUGGAUUGCGCUCAAGACAGCGCUGCUCGAAGAACGCAGGGAAUAA